AUGGUGGACUGGCACGACCCCUCGGUCAUCGCCUUCUGUUCCUUCCUCUAUGCUCAGAAUGCUGUUUUCCUCCUGGGCUUCUUCGGGAACCACUUCAUCACGCGCAUGACGAUCGAGUGGUCUCUUCUCACUCGCAAGCGCCGAUUUAGUCCUGCUCUGAUUCCAUACCUCUUUGGCCGUUAUGCCAUCCUCACUACACUGCUAUUUUUCGUCAUAUCGAACCGUUUCAAGCAUAAAAUCUCGUGCGAUAUCGCGUACAAAAUUCUGGCGGUUCUAGGAAGCGCUGCCUCUUUCUGUUCGACGCUUAACCUGGGUAUACGGAGUUAUGUCAUUUGGCGCGACAUGAACAAGAUUGUCGUGUGGGUGCUGUCCGCUGCAUGUGUCGGGCACGCCGUGCUUGUCGCCGUCCAGGGCGCACAAAGUGUGACCUCCGGAUGGGAUCCCGUCGUGGAGUCUUGCGUUGUCGUUCGCUCCAGCAACGUCACGAUGUUCAUCUUUUACAUGUACACGAUUCUAAUGGACCUCGCGAUCCUCGUGCUCACGAUCUGUGGGCUCUGGCGCAAGGCCGCGCUGAAGAGCAUGAUUGGUACCACGCUCUCGGAGCAGUGCCUAUGGUACUGUGCGGCAACGUUCCUCGUCAACAUUCCCGCUGCGGUGUUUCCGAUCAUGAAUUUGAACGUUAUUAUGAACGUCAUUGCUUCCAUGCCAGCGACCACCGUUAGCGUAAUCAUGUCCUCUGCCGCAGUACUCUCUUUGGAGCCAGAAGAAUACUACGCCUCCGCCCCCCGGAGCGCGAUGCGUGAACGCGAGCAGGGCAGCACGCUAGGCAUCGCCGUGCACACCGGCACGCGCUCGCGUUCGCACCGCGUUGCGCUCACCACGAACAUCGUGCUUGAGUCACAAGGGAAUUCCCUCGACACGCGCAAGAGCGCACAGACGGAGGUCGCCACAGUCGUAUAGCGACAUCUCGCGCAACUCGCUGCGCGUCGCGGUCAUCCAUCGCAGUAUAUAAAUGGGAGUGAUGCAGCGGGUCCUUCUCGAACCGCCGGGGAACCGCACCGUAGGUAUUGACAACCGCUUUCGUGUAGCCUGGACACCUGCACUUCGCGCACCCAUCCCGCCCAUCGUAUCCCUUACAGCGUUACCCUAUCCCCCUCACUACUACCCCUUCACAUUCCUCGGAUCACACUGGUAGACUGGUGUCAAUGGACUUGCUGCUGUAUCUAAUAGGUCAUUUACUUCACAUGUACAUAUCGCACUUCGCCUUGGUAUGCACCACAUCGUAUUUAUACGACC